AUGGCACAGAAGACAAGUGUUGUUGUUACUGGUGGAGCCUCCGGAAUUGGGCUGGGAAUAACACGACACCUCCUUGCUAAGCCCGAAACACACGUUACAAUCUUGGAUGUGAACCCAGCCACUAGUGUUAAUACCCUCGGAUUGCUGAGCACCGAGUUCCCAGCGGCAAGUAUUUCCUUUGAGCAAUGCGAUGUCUCUUCGUGGGAAAGCCAAGCGGCUGUCUUCAAGAAGGUAUAUACCGAGCGAGGUAGAAUCGAUGUUGUUUUUGCAAAUGCGGGAAUCAGCGAAAGGGGAAACUUGCUACCAGAGGAAGAUGUUGAUGAGCCAUCCAAGCCGGAUCUGGCAACGCUAAAUGUCAACUUUAUCGGUGUUAUUUAUUCUGUCCGCCUGUCGAUCUUCUACAUGUCCAAGAAUGCUGGUAGUGGAUCUACUUCGAAUGGCCUUAUCGUCUGCACUGCUUCGAAUGCUGGUCUAUACCCAUUCCCAGUUGCACCCAUGUACGGUGCUACAAAGGCAGGCGUGGUGAAUCUUGUGCGAUCGCUCGAGCAACAUCUGGCUCCCAAGAAGAUUCGCAUUAAUGCAUUAGCACCAUCUGUCAUAGAAACCAAUAUUGCGGCUAGUGCGGAUCUUUUUAAGGCUAUGAUCCUCACUCCCAUGUCUACUGCGAUCAAUUCUGUCGCGCAGUUCAUCGAGGAUGAAUCUUUGUCUGGCAAAAUUGCAGAAUUGCAUGGCGAGCAUGUUACUUUCGCUGAGCCGCCCGACUUUGUUGAUGAGGACACGCGCAAGAAUUUGCAGUCCUUUUGGAAUUUAGGACAUGCAUGA